CAUCUUUAGUAUAAAUAUGGGCGAAAAUAAUGAAGUGGAUGACGAUAAAGUUUUAAACACAAGCAAAGAAACACAUAAAAAAUGAAGAAAACAGCUGAUGCAUUAUGCACGAAAAACAUGUCUGACAACGAAAAAAAUGACACAAGUGACGAUACCUGCGACAUAUGUGACGUGUCACCAGCUAAAGACACAGGAGAUGUGUUUGACUCGCCUGCUAUUAAAGAACCUGAACAUGAUGUGUACGACUCGCCAGCGAAAAUAUUCAAGAAAAUAAAAACCAAUCAUACUACAUAUUAUCCAGAUCCCGUUGAAAAAAUUCAUCACUAUCCAGAGCAAGAUUCGGAGUUUGUUUAUAACAUGAGUAAAAUUAAAGGUAAUGUUGUUAUAUUCAACAUGACAACUUUUCAGCGCUCAACUGGUCUUGAUCCGCGAGAGGGGAGUGACAAAGAUGCCGAGGAAAUUAUAGACGUUUUCAUAAAACUUGGCUUUAUCGUCGACCGAUAUGAUAACAUCAGCAAAUUGGAAAUGAUGGAAGUUGUUGAGUCAGCCGCCAGCAAUGCAAAAAAAUUUAGUUGCUUUGUUUGUUUUAUUCUUUCGCAUGGAGAAGAUGGUAUUGUGUUCGCUCGUGAUGGAAGGGUACAAAUAAAGAAACUUACAGGUGUUUUUGAGGGGUCUCAUUGGAAUGGAAAACCAAAAUUGUUUUUUAUUCAGGCUUGUCAAGGAGAUGAAUACAUGGACGGUGUUGAUUGUGUUGAUGCUCCGGGUAGGCAAAGCAAAACGAUUACCUUGCCUAGCCAGUCUGAUUUUCUGUAUGCCUACUCGACAGUGUCGGGGUUUUACUCGUGGCGAAACACAUCGAACGGUUCAUGGUUUAUUCAAACGCUGUGUCAAAUAUUGCGACAACACGCGCAUGAAUUGGACUUGUUACGAAUGUUAACGCGCUUGAAUUACUACAUAUCCGGGCGCAAAUCCAACACGCGUGAAUCAGAAACAAACAAUAAAAGACAAAUUGCUAGUAUAGUGAGCCAACUGAGGAAGGACUUAUACUUUUUCCCGCCAAAUGGACCAAUUGAUAUAAAAAAUGCUGUUUAAGAAGUAAAUGUAAAUAUACAUUUUUUUUGACAUUAUUUUUUAAAGUUGAACAGUCGCUAUACUUCUGAUAACUGUAAACAUUCGACAAGAUCGUGCAGCGAGUUUGUUUCUAAAACGUUGUUUCAAGCAAUCAUGCUGUGGCUGAAUUUGACGAUAAUGUUUUAUUAAGAAUAUUUUAUUAAUUUAUUGAAUAUGACUUUAUAUAUAAAUAUGUAUGAAACAGAUAUGUUUAUAAUACAAACGUUUUUGUGCCA